AUGAAGUUAUGUUUUCUGAUUUUCGGCAUUCUUCUCUUCAGUGUUCUCGUGACUUCGGAGUAUUGCUUUUCUACUACUAUUGAUGAUAGCUGCGAAAAUUAUGGUUGUCAAGAAUACCCGUGUGACGAAGAAGACAAUUCAUAUGACAAAUAUGACUACUUCGGAGAAGAGGAAACAGAAGUAUCCAAUGAAAGGAAUGAAGAAGGCUUUGAAAUAGAAGAAAAAGAAGAUGCAGAUAAUGAUCAUCAUAAAUGCAAAAGAAAAGAUGAAAACAAUGACGGAGAAAAAGAAACAGUUAGAGUGGAUACAGGAGCUGAAGCAGAAAACAAAGUCAGUGGUGGCGAUGGCGGUUUGAGGGGCAGUGGCGAAGAACGGACUUUGGAAGUGCAAAUGCUGAAACUGCACAAUGAGUUUCGUAGACGUGCUUCCGAAGGAACGGUGCCUGGUCAGCCAAUUGCUAAAGGACUUCAAGAUCUCGUUUGGAACGAAACGCUAGCAAAACUGGCUAUGAACAAUUCUCGAGAUUGCAAAUUUGGUGCCUUAUAUAGCACUGAAAAAUUAGGACAUGGCCAGAAUAUUGGCCACGCGAGAACUGUUGAGGAAAUCUUCCACGACUGGAUUAAUGAAGGCAAAUUUUACGACUAUCAGUCAAAUACUUGCACGGAUUACUUUCUAAAAUGCAGAAAUUACAAGCAGGUUAUAAAAAAGUAUUUUAAGGGUAAUGCUCUCUACCGUGAAGAAAUCAUGUUUGGUAUGUGGUCUAUAAAAGCAAUGAAAGAAACAACGAGCCGGAAGAUAUUCCGCACUAUGAAGUUCUACUGCAUUUUUUUAGGAAUUUUUCUUUAUAGCAUCCUUGUGAACGCGAAAUAUCAUUUUAAAAACGGCGAUGAAAGGAGAAGUGAAAAAAUAAGAGAUAUUGAAGAAAGGGAAGAUAUAGGAAAAGGAUUUGAAGAGGAUAUAGAAGUUGGCUUAAGGGAAAGAAGAUGGAAUGGUGUUGGUGACAGUGUUGAUUUGAUGGGCAAUGGCGGUGAACAGACUUUGGAAGUGAAAAUGCUCCAACUGCACAAUGAGUUUCGUAGAAAUGCUUCUAAAGGGAGGGUGCCUUAUCAGCCAGGUGCUAUAGGACUUCAAAAUCUUGUUUGGAGCGAAGGUCUAGCAAACAUGGCCAAGGAAAGUUCGAAAAAAUGUCAACUUAAACCUACUAGCGGUUGGAAAAUUGACGGGAUUGGCCAGAAUAUUGCCAACUCGCGAACAAUUGAGGAGUGGGUUGCCUUCAAACAAUGGACAAAUGAAAGCAAGAAUUACUUUUAUCAGACCAAUUAUUGCGAAGGUAAAUGCAGAAGUUACAAGCAGGUGAGUUUCAUCUUGAAAAUAUUUAUUGAUUUGCAAAUGUACUCUUUCCAUUUCAAGUUAGUGUCAUCGCUCACAAAGUAUGUAGGCUGUGGUGUUACGAAGUGCUCAAAUUACGGUUAUGUACUUGUUUGCAACUACGGCAUUCGGUAA